UGACUCCUUGGACGGUAAUUAUCGAUUCAAAUUAAUGAUCACUUAGGCUAUCGCGUCGCGGUGUGGACCACUCGAGUUGGGAGUAUGCGGGAAAAAAGGUAUUGAAAUAAACUACAAUUAGGCAUUGGUCACUCAUUUUGCCACCUCACCUCCACAAUUACUCCCCCCACCCAAUUUCCUUCGCUCUCCUCCUCCGCCAUAGACUGCAAAAUCUUGGAAAACAGUUUUCCAGGAAAACAAAACCGGCAACGAGGUGGUCUCCACGACCGAGGGGAUUUUGGCUAUCUUGGUUGUUCCUCGGACAUGUCGGGCGUUCUUCUUUGGGUGGUGUGCCCCAAAGGGAAUGCCGCCGCAGCUUCAUUGCUCGGGCUCGGGGGCGGGAAGCUCGGGAGGCAGCAGAGGCCGGGAAGGGUAAGGGUAGCGGCGAUGUCGAGCGCGGUGGCGAACCCGGUGGCGAGGACGUCGGAGGAGAGGGUGUACGAGGUGGUGCUGAAGCAGGCGGCGCUGGUGAGGGAGCAGAGGAAGGAGAGGGAGAAGGCGGCGGGGACGGACGGUCUCUCCAACUGGGAUCUGCUCAACGAGGCCUACGACCGCUGCGGCGAGGUCUGUGCUGAGUAUGCCAAGACCUUCUACUUGGGUACCUUGCUCAUGACACCGGAGAGAAGAAGGGCUGUCUGGGCAAUCUAUGUGUGGUGCAGAAGGACGGAUGAGCUCGUGGACGGUCCCAACGCUUCACACAUAACCCCUAAAGCCCUCGACCGGUGGGAGCAGAGGCUGAACGACCUCUUCGAGGGUCGCCCUUACGAUAUGUACGAUGCUGCUCUUGCCCACACCGUGUCAAAGUACCCCGUAGACAUACAGCCUUUCAAGGACAUGAUUGAGGGGAUGAGGCUGGACCUGAAGAAGUCGAGAUACAAGAACUUCGACGAGCUGUAUCUUUACUGUUACUAUGUGGCUGGGACCGUGGGCCUAAUGAGCGUUCCUGUCAUGGGGAUCGCACCCGAAUCAAAGGCCUCAACAGAAAGCGUCUACAAUGCCGCAUUAGCCCUCGGGAUCGCGAACCAACUCACUAACAUACUCAGGGAUGUUGGUGAAGAUGCGAGGAGGGGAAGAAUAUAUCUCCCGCAGGACGAGCUGGUACAGGCGGGACUGUCGGAUGAGGACAUAUUCCGGGGGCAGGUGACGGACAAGUGGCGGAGUUUCAUGAAGGAUCAGAUAAAGCGGGCGAGGAUGUUCUUCGACGAGGCCGAGAAGGGCGUGGUGGAGCUGAAUGCCGCCAGCCGGUGGCCUGUCUGGGCCUCCCUGUUGCUUUACAAGCAGAUCCUCGACGCCAUUGAAGCCAAUGACUACAACAACUUCACAAGGAGGGCAUAUGUCGGCAAAACCAAGAAGCUCGUCUCCCUUCCCAUCGCCUACGGGAGAGCUCUCGUGGGGCCUACAUCUACUAAAGUGGCUGAGCUGACGAGAAUUUGAUCACCGGCACGGCAAAUUCUUUAGGAUAGUUUGCUCUUGCCCACUCUUGUAUGAUCAAGUCUAAUGGAAGCACACAAAACCUCAAAACAUCAAAAGCUCUGUAAAUGCCCCCCUUCUUCUUUUUAUUUUCUUUUUUCUUUUUCCUAAUUUUUUCCUCACUUUCAAUAGAAGUUUAGUCAAAUAUCAUUAGGAGACUCAAGGAUGUGUAGCUUCAUAAGGUUGAGACAAAUGUAAUUCUUAUAUUAGUUUUCAUUAAAUAAAGCAAAAUUCUUAUUAUGUCUCA